GGUACAAGCCUCAUUAUCGUCAUCAAUCAAUCAAUUUUAAGUGUCCAAAAACUUACAAUCCGGCAUCAAAAACAGCGAAUAAAUCAUCGCAAACCCGUCUACAGCGAUCUAUAACUACUAAAAGAUCAGCGCAUCUGUUCGUCCCACUUCGACCCAUCGCGUGUUUUUCUCCACGCACUAAAGAUCCCCCUAUUCGAUCUACCGUCUCUCACCAUAGCCAAAAAAGCGUUCGCAUCACGCCAUCAACAUACGACAGCGCGCCUCGAAUCGCCAGAGCCUCCUCCCUUACUCCAACGUCAGAACCAGCGAUAGCUUCCAAAAGGUUCAUUAUACGAUAAGAAAAAUUAGGGGAAGGAGGGGGUUGGUGUGCCGAUUUCGAUAGCCAGAAGUAACUGCCCAUCUAGGCAGCAUCAGCUAGCCGGCAGACAUCUCGGCACGUUCCGAACGAAGAAUGACCCGCGCAAGUCCAACCUAGAUACCGCUGCGAAAGGCCAGUAACAAAGAUGUCAGGCGAAGGACCAGAAAGCAUCCCCACAUCCGCAGACCCGCGCUCCAAACGCCCGGUCAAAAAGCGCGCCUUAACCCCCCUCUCCACCCAAGCACGCGAAGUCGAAGCCCUCUUCUCCAAGCCCGAGCAAGAAGUCCGGAUCCCCGACCCAUCCGCCACCCGUAAACGCGGCGCGCUCCCACCGCCUCCAGAAAUUGUGACUAAUGUUCAAGGAUCCAGCGCGGGAGCGGGCUCGGGUGAGUUCCACGUAUAUAAGGCGAGUCGGCGGCGAGAAUACGAGCGACUGCGGUUAAUGGAUCAGGAGGUUGAGUCCGAGCGCGCGGCGAGUGAGUUCGAGGCUAAGAAAAAGGAGACGGAGACGCGGGAUGAGGAGAAGACGAGGAAGAAUAGAGAGAAGAGGGAGAAAGCUAAGGCGAGAAAGGCGAAGGGGAAGAAGAAUGGUGGUGGAAGGGGAGGUAAUAACAAAAGCAAUGGUGCCGAUGCAGAAGGUACACCUGAUGGCGAUAAGUCUACCACUGCGCCCGCGAAGGGCGUUAAGGCUAGGGUCGACGUGAAGAAAGACGAGGCAGAAAGUAAGGAGAAGACGGCUGAUGGAGAACCCGCGCAAACGGAUGCGCCGGCGGAAGAAGUAAAGGGUAUCGUCAUCGAAGAGGACUAAUAGGAUGGAAUUUUAAUACAGAGGUACCCAUAAUCCCCGUGAUCAUUAAUCUCGUUAGGUAUAGGCCGGAAUAGGAUGGGUGUUCGGGAUUGAGAUACAUAUAUGCCUAUUUGAUGGCUUGACGCAUCGUGGCAACUAGGGAUGGCUUGCUAAUACUACAUCUACUAUUGUACCUUGAUACUGUACCAUCACCUGUAAAUUCAUCAAAAGAGGCAGAAAUUUCUUGUCGAAGUAUCAUAAAUGGU